AUUACAUGGAAGCUCAGUGUUGAUGAUUAAAGUUUAGACUAUUUGCAUUCUCUUUACUGUUUUCUUUUGCUUUUGCUUAAAUGGUGUUUUUGGUUGCGGAGAAAAGAAGAGAUGGCAUACGAGGAAGUAAUAACGAGUGUGAUGAGCUCCGAUCACGCAUCAGUGGUGUCAAUGAACCUCUUUGUAGCUCUUCUAUGCGCUUGUAUCAUAAUAGGUCACUUGCUCGAAAAGAAUCCAUGGCUCAAUGAAUCCAUCACCGCCCUUCUUAUUGGUCUGUGUACAGGAGUGUUCAUAUUGCUAAACACGGGAGGAAGAAGCUCUCACAUUUUCGUUUUCAGCGAAGAUCUUUUCUUUAUUUACCUUCUCCCACCUAUCAUUUUCAAUGCCGGGUUUCGAGUGAAGAAGAAACAAUUCUUUCGCAAUUUUAUGACUAUAAUUCUCUUCGGAGUCGUUGGAACUUUGAUAUCAUUCGCGGUCAUAUCGCUGGGUGCUAUACACUUAUUCCAGAAAUUGGAUCUUGGUUCACUCAAGAUUGGAGAUUAUCUAGCAAUUGGAGCAAUUUUUUCAGCAACAGAUUCUGUUUGCACGUUGCAGGUGCUUAAUCAGGACGAGACACCAUUACUAUACAGCCUAGUGUUUGGGGAAGGGGUAGUAAAUGAUGCUACUUCUGUGGUGCUCCUCAAAGCAAUUCAGAAUUUUGACCUUUCCCACAUUGACUUUGCCACCGCUUCAGAAUUAUUAGCCAACUUUUUAUACUUAUUCAUCGCAAGCACUGUGCUGGGAAUUUUAGUAUGUCUCUAUCUGACCCAAGAGUUUUGUUCCCUUGUCAGUUGUCUCUGCUGCUUUGAGGUUGCUCUUAUGAUACUGAUGGCUUACCUUUCAUACAUGCUUGUUGAGCUAUUUGCUUUGAGUGCUAUUCUGACCAUGUUCUUCUGCGGCAUAGUUAUGUCUCACUACACAUGGCACAAUGUUACCCAAAGUUCAAGAGUCACAACCAAGCAUGCUUUUGCAACAUUGUCAUUCAUUGCUGAGAUAUUUAUUUUCCUUUAUGUUGGGAUGGAUGCACUGGACAUAGAGAAGUGGCGAUUCGUAAGUCAAAGUCCUGGAAAAUCAGUUGGGAUCAGUUCAGUGCUUCUAGGACUUAUCCUAGUUGGAAGAGCAGCAUUUGUUUUCCCUCUCUCAUUCUUAUCCAAUUUGCUCCAGAAAUCCCCACAUGUGAAAAUUGACAUGAAGCAACAAGUCACAAUCUGGUGGUCUGGUCUCAUGCGAGGUGCUGUUUCUAUAGCACUUGCUUACAACCAGUUUACAGGGCUAGGCCACUCUGAGUCGCGUGAGAAUGCCAUCAUGAUCACUAGUACCAUUUCUGUUGUUCUCUUCAGCACAGUGGUGUUUGGGAUGAUGACAAAGCCACUUGUGAGGUUACUGCUUCCUUCUUCCAAACAUAUAAUCAGCAUACCGUCCCCACCAUCGACCCCAAAGACACUGACAGAGCCCCUAUUGAGCAAUGGACACCAUGACUCGGGGCCCAACAAUGGUGACAGUGUAAAUGGGCCUAGCCCAAACCGAUUGCGUAUGCUUCUGAACAUGACUAAUCGUGGAGUACACCAUUAUUGGCGCAAGUUUGAUGACUCUGUUAUGCGUCCUGUCUUUGGUGGGAGGGGUUUUGUACCUUACGUUCCAGGUUCACCCCUUGAACCGGGUCUUCCGCAGUGGCGUUCAAUUACUUCACCUACAGCUGAAGAAAACUUAUGAUUUGUGAGGAUACUACUGAUUUUAUAUUGUGGUUAUGGCAUAAAAUCGGCUUUCGGUUGUGCAAUAUAGCCUAUAGUUAGAAGAUUUCAGUUUCAGAUAAUACCAAAAAGGGAUACAAGAAUAAAGGAAAAAAUAUACCACGAAAAGGUUAUAGAAGGAAUGUGAAAUUGUCAACAUUUUCUUUUCUGACGUGGGGUUUUUUUGUGUUGGUUUUGCGCCCCCCCUGUUUUUGCUGACAUAGAGAGAGAAGGGUGGGAUUGAUUGCUUGUAACUUGCAACUUGAUUGGGCCAGAUGAUUGUAUUUUUGGGUGUGUCUUUUUUUGUGUGUAUAAAAUUAUCGAUGAAAAGGUGCUGACAGUUAGUUAAUACAGUUUUCACUUUCGGCAAGCUAGAUUGUAUUACGAUUAUUUUUUGAAGGAGAAGUUUGAGAGU